CUGGAUGACGAAUGAGGGUUGGUCAGCAUGCCUCGUGAAUGAUGAGCGGAGAGCAGACGGCGUGGAAGAAGGCAGUCGUCACUCUGCGUCUGCCUCGACAUUCCCUGCCACAUGACUCCCUACUCGCCGUGGGCAUUUUCGCCAAUUCCUCCGCCUUCUCGCCGACAGCCGGAUAUAAAGGACACCAGCUCCCUGACUUUCCUCGCUCUCUCUGUCUCUUCCCCCGAUGUCCAAUGGGUGAUUGAUUGAGGAAUUACGAAGCUAGCCUCCGUUGCAGAGCGAGGAAGAGAGUGGGAGUCUGUGGCCUGCCUGUGUCGUUUCCCGUCCUUCUCUUCCGCUUUUCCGUGAGCUGGAUGUAGAUUCCUUACUGCUGCUGCAUAUAAUUCCAUAGAGGCAAAUCAGCAUGAAGGUUCCUGGUAUGGGGCAGAAGUACGUAAUCAAAGAGACCCAUAUUGUCUUGCUGUGGGUAGCGGUUGUGCUUCUGGCUUUCGCCUCCGUUAUGGGAAGAGACGUGUAUGGGCUGAGCAAGUUGUCUUCAAUGUCCGCCAAAUUAUUUUCUCUGCCUAAUGCAAAGUCCCAUCUUGUUGCUCAAUCAAACGUUACUGCCGUUGGCAUUCCUGCUUCUUUGACAGAGGACCCUCAAUCAAAGAGCUCGCUUCUAGAUGAACAUCAUAAUGCUUCUGUGAAAAAUCCAAUCGAACGGAUUCCGACUCCUCAAAGUCCAUCGGCAGAAUUGCCGAUGAACGCAUCAGAAGAAGAUGAAUUUGAAGAGUCGUUCAGUGAUAAUGACGUUACUGCUGCAAAUGGGUCAGCCUCUUCACCUCAGUCUCCUGCAACUGAAUCUGCGAAAGCUCCUCAAAAUUUUGAGAAAUCCUUCUUAAUCGGCACUAAUAUUUCAGCAAAUUCGAAUAUUUUAUCCACUCCAGAGCAGAAGCCUCGAAUCAUGAACAAUGACACAGAGCCGCUACAUGAUUCUCCUCCACAAGAGGCAGAAAGAUCCUCCGUGACUACCACCAAUUUGAGGGAUUCUGCAAUUUCUCCAACCAAUAGAACAAAAGAAGGAACGCCUGCCCUAGACGAGCUGGACUAUGUACUGGCAGAAACUGCAGAUGAGAAUAAGACUGUCAUUGUCAUUACACUCAACAGCGCAUGGGCACAAAACAGGUCCAUGAUUGAUCUGUUCUUGGAGAGUUUCCGCGUAGGGGAAGGCACAAAGAAGUUGUUAGAUCAUCUCCUCAUUGUCGCGGUGGACGCAAAGGCGUACGAUCGUUGUGUGAAAGUCCAUCCGCACUGUUAUAUUCUCAGGACACAAGGGGUUGAUUUCUCUGCUGAGAAGAAGUACAUGACGCAGGAUUAUUUGAAAAUGAUGUGGAGAAGACUCGGUUUUCUAGGCGACAUACUAAAUAAGGGAUAUAACUUUCUCUUCAGUGACACAGACAUAAUGUGGCUCAGGAAUCCUUUCCAGAUCCUUUCACAAGAUGCAGACAUCCAGAUCGCUUCUGACCGGUUCAAUGGAAAUGCAACAGAUAUAAGGAACCGCCCAAAUUGCGGGUUCAAAUUCGUCCGUUCCAACAAGAAAACUGUCAGUUUCUACCAGUACUGGUAUAGAUCAAGGUGGUUGUUUCCGGGCAAAAACGAGCAAGAGGUGAUCAACAUACUGAAGUACAGAAGCAGCUUCAAGAAGUGGAACAUGAAGUUUCUUUUCCUGAAUUCAAAAUAUUUUGGUGGGUUCUGCCAGAGGAGCCAGUACAUAGACGAAACCUUCACCAUGCAUGCCACCUGCUGCAAGGGACUGAAGGCGAAGCUUGCCGAUCUUAGAACUACUUUGGACGAGUUCAUUGCAGCCAAGCAAAAUGUAACUGUGCAACAGAACAGCAGAAUCCGAAGGCCAAAAUGGUCGGCUCCAAAGGCAUGCCCCCUUUCAUGGUCGACAAAUUAGCCUGCAACAUGAAAGUAACUUCCGUCCACAUACAAUUGAUUCCCUUGCUUCCCUGCAAUUGCCAUACAUGGUCAGCACUUUUUGGCCGAUGGGUGAGCGUGGGGACGUCGUGCAGGAACUGAGAGGCUUUGCUUAGUAGAUUGAACAAUGUCCCUGCCCAUAGGCCAUAGCUUAUGGUUCAUAAGGUUGAUUGUGGCCAAUUACCAUGUCUAACGUAUUAUAUCAUAGCAUAUAACGACGUUCAGACUGGUUUUUAUUUGGGGAGAUCAGGCAUAGGUUCGACCACAAUGUAGCUUCAUUUGGAGAGCUCUGUAAUUCCAAUAAGCAGAAGAAACAUGGUGCAUAAUAAUCUUCAAGGCUUUUCUAUCGCCUUUUUUGUUUGUUUCCUCUUUUUGGAGAAAGGGAGAGAAAUGUAUAUUAAACAUUAGAGGGCCUCAUUACUUUGCAGUAGUUAGAAGGAAUUCAUUUAUAUAUGUCUAAAAUAUUCGUUCA